AGAGCUGCGGCUGGAGUCGAGCGCGCAGCGUCGCCCGCCGCCGCCGCCGCCGCUGCCGCCGCCGGUGCGGAGCGUGGGGAGCACUCGGCCACAGCCCUCGCCUGCCGCGGAGGGUCCUGCUCCGCACUGCUGGCCAGGCGGCCCAGUGCCCCGGCCUUUCCGUCCUUGGAGCUGAUCAUUGCUCGCCGGGAGCCCUCCCGCAGCAACAGCGAAAGCCACAGCAGAGGCCGCGGUGGCGGCUGUGCCCAUGCCGGGGUGUUCACACUUAGCCUCUUUUCCACCACCACCUUGCCUCAGCACUGGGAUCUUAGGUGGACACCUGUCCCUAGCUGCAAUUGAGUUGAAGCAGCACCUGUGAGAAGGCUGACAGACAGGAUGGGCGACAUGGCAAACAGUUCCAUUGAGUUCCACCCCAAGCCCCAGCAGCAGCGGGAAGUGCCCCAUGUGGGUGGCUUUGGAUGCACACUGGCAGAACUACGAAGCCUCAUGGAGCUCCGAGGUGCUGAGGCACUGCAGAAGAUUCAAGAAGCCUAUGGGGAUGUCAGCGGGCUGUGCAGGAGGCUGAAGACCUCACCUACUGAGGGCCUGGCAGACAACACCAAUGACUUGGAGAAACGCAGGCAGAUCUAUGGGCAGAACUUCAUCCCCCCAAAGCAGCCUAAGACCUUCCUGCAACUGGUGUGGGAAGCCCUGCAGGACGUGACUCUCAUCAUCCUGGAGGUUGCUGCUAUCGUCUCCCUGGGCCUCUCCUUCUAUGCACCUCCUGGAGAGGAAAGUGAAGCCUGUGGGAAUGUGUCUGGUGGGGCAGAGGAUGAAGGAGAGGCUGAAGCUGGCUGGAUUGAGGGGGCUGCCAUCCUACUCUCUGUCAUCUGUGUGGUACUGGUCACAGCCUUCAAUGACUGGAGCAAGGAAAAGCAGUUCCGAGGUCUUCAGAGCCGUAUUGAACAGGAGCAGAAGUUUACUGUCAUACGAAAUGGGCAGCUCCUCCAGGUCCCUGUGGCAGCCCUGGUGGUAGGGGACAUUGCCCAGGUCAAAUACGGAGAUCUUCUGCCUGCCGAUGGUGUGCUCAUCCAAGGCAAUGACCUCAAGAUUGAUGAGAGCUCCCUGACCGGCGAGUCGGACCAUGUUCGAAAAUCAGCAGACAAAGAUCCUAUGCUGCUCUCAGGAACUCAUGUCAUGGAAGGUUCUGGAAGAAUGGUGGUAACAGCUGUUGGUGUGAACUCCCAGACAGGCAUCAUCUUUACAUUGCUUGGGGCAGGUGGAGAGGAGGAGGAGAAGAAAGACAAGAAAGGCAAGCAGCAGGAUGGGGCGAUGGACAGUAGCCAAACCAGAGCUAAGAAGCAGGAUGGGGCUGUUGCCAUGGAAAUGCAACCCCUGAAGAGCGCCGAGGGUGGGGAAAUGGAGGAGCGGGAAAAGAAGAAAGCCAACAUACCCAAGAAGGAGAAGUCAGUCCUGCAAGGAAAGCUCACAAAACUGGCUGUGCAGAUUGGGAAAGCAGGAUUGGUGAUGUCUGCUAUCACUGUCAUCAUUCUGGUCCUCUACUUUGUGAUUGAGACCUUUGUCGUGGAUGGCCGGGUAUGGCUGGCAGAGUGCACACCAGUGUAUGUGCAGUACUUCGUGAAGUUCUUCAUUAUUGGAGUCACUGUUUUGGUUGUGGCUGUCCCUGAGGGCCUGCCUCUUGCUGUUACUAUCUCCUUGGCUUACUCUGUCAAGAAAAUGAUGAAGGAUAAUAACCUGGUACGCCACCUGGAUGCCUGUGAGACCAUGGGCAAUGCCACAGCCAUCUGUUCUGACAAGACGGGCACACUCACCACCAACCGCAUGACAGUGGUCCAGUCCUACCUAGGAGACACCCACUACAAAGAGAUUCCAGCUCCCAGCGCCCUGACCCCCAAGAUUCUUGACCUUCUGGUUCACGCCAUCUCCAUCAACAGUGCCUACACCACCAAAAUUCUACCUCCAGAGAAAGAAGGCGCUCUCCCACGCCAAGUGGGCAACAAAACAGAGUGUGCUCUGCUGGGCUUCGUCUUGGACCUGAAACGUGACUUCCAGCCUGUUCGGGAGCAGAUACCAGAAGAUCAGCUUUACAAAGUGUACACCUUCAACUCAGUUCGCAAGUCUAUGAGCACAGUUAUCCGCAUGCCUGAUGGUGGCUUCCGCCUCUUUAGCAAGGGAGCCUCAGAGAUUCUGCUCAAAAAGUGUACAAACAUCUUAAACAGCAAUGGUGAACUCCGAGGAUUUCGUCCUCGGGACCGGGAUGAUAUGGUGAAGAAGAUCAUUGAGCCUAUGGCUUGUGAUGGCCUCCGCACCAUCUGCAUUGCCUACAGGGACUUCUCUGCUAUCCAGGAGCCUGAUUGGGACAAUGAGAAUGAGGUGGUUGGUGACCUUACCUGCAUAGCUGUUGUGGGCAUCGAGGACCCUGUGCGACCUGAGGUCCCUGAAGCCAUUCGAAAAUGCCAGCGUGCUGGCAUCACAGUCCGUAUGGUGACUGGAGACAACAUCAACACUGCCCGGGCUAUUGCAGCUAAGUGUGGCAUCAUCCAGCCAGGAGAGGACUUCCUGUGCCUGGAGGGGAAGGAAUUCAACAGAAGAAUUCGAAAUGAGAAAGGCGAGAUUGAACAGGAGCGGCUGGACAAAGUGUGGCCCAAGCUGCGGGUGCUUGCCCGGUCAUCUCCCACUGAUAAACAUACUCUGGUUAAAGGCAUUAUUGACAGCACGACUGGUGAGCAGCGGCAGGUGGUGGCUGUGACUGGAGAUGGCACCAAUGAUGGGCCAGCCCUCAAAAAGGCAGAUGUGGGCUUCGCCAUGGGCAUUGCAGGCACUGAUGUGGCCAAGGAGGCCUCUGACAUCAUUCUGACUGAUGACAACUUCACCAGCAUUGUCAAGGCGGUCAUGUGGGGCCGCAAUGUCUAUGACAGCAUCUCCAAGUUCCUGCAGUUUCAGUUGACAGUCAACGUGGUAGCUGUGAUUGUGGCCUUCACGGGUGCCUGCAUUACUCAGGACUCUCCUCUCAAAGCUGUGCAGAUGUUGUGGGUGAACUUAAUCAUGGACACAUUUGCCUCACUUGCCCUGGCAACGGAACCCCCAACUGAGUCACUGCUGCUGCGGAAGCCAUACGGCCGGGACAAGCCUCUCAUCUCACGCACCAUGAUGAAGAACAUCCUUGGACAUGCUGUCUACCAGCUCACCAUUAUCUUUACCCUGCUAUUUGUUGGAGAGCUUUUCUUUGACAUUGACAGUGGAAGGAAUGCACCUCUGCACUCACCACCGUCAGAGCACUAUACCAUCAUCUUCAACACGUUCGUCAUGAUGCAGCUUUUCAAUGAGAUCAAUGCUCGCAAGAUCCAUGGUGAGAGAAAUGUCUUUGAUGGCAUCUUCAGCAACCCCAUCUUCUGCACCAUUGUCCUGGGCACCUUUGGAAUUCAGAUUGUCAUUGUCCAAUUUGGAGGGAAGCCCUUCAGCUGUUCCCCACUGUCCACAGAACAGUGGCUUUGGUGCCUGUUUGUUGGUGUUGGGGAGCUGGUCUGGGGACAGGUCAUUGCCAGCAUCCCCACCAGCCAGCUCAAGUGGCUGAAGGAAGCAGGGCAUGGGCCUGGGAAGGAUGAGAUGACUGAUGAAGAGCUGGCCGAAGGCGAAGAAGAAAUUGACCACGCUGAACGAGAGCUCCGCAGGGGCCAGAUCCUCUGGUUUCGGGGCCUCAACCGGAUCCAGACACAGAUCCGGGUGGUGAAAGCAUUCCGUAGCUCGCUUUAUGAAGGCCUGGAGAAACCAGAAUCCAAGAGUUGCAUCCAUAACUUCAUGGCAACACCCGAGUUUUUGAUCAAUGACUACACCCACAAUAUCCCGCUCAUCGAUGACACAGAUGUGGAUGAGAAUGAAGAACGCCUGAGGGCCCCACCUCCCCCACCCCCUAACCAGAACAACAACGCCAUAGACAGCGGCAUCUACCUGACCACGCAUGCCACCAAGUCAGCUACCUCUUCAGCAUUCUCUUCCAGGCCCGGGAGCCCACUCCACAGCAUGGAGACAUCCCUCUAACCGAAACUUUUCUCAGCACAUGUACACACACACACACACACACACACACACAUACACACGCAAUCACACACGCAGUCACAUAUGCACCCAGAGAGGGGAACCUGUGCACCUGCCAAAGAGGGAAAUGACUAACAUGGCUAAAGACUUUACUUACGUGGUAUUUUCAGGAAGCCAAUUGAAUUCAAUAAGGACACAGCCUAGUAGGCUUCUUACUAAGUUCCCAUGAGGUGGGGGAAGGAGAAAGAAGGAAAAGGGAGGGAGGGAGGGAGGUUCUUCACCCAAUGUGAAGGAAAAAAUGAGCAUGAGACAAGAUGCGCUUACCACCAUUUUUCUACUGAUGCUUCUUUUUUUAAUGAACACUAGUUCUACCCUGUGUUCACCAUUUGGGCUGUGCAAUGCGGUAGGGGCUACCAGAGCCUAUUUGGAGCUUUGCUAUACCCAUAUCAAAAGAAAAAGAAAAAAAAAAGUAUACCAAAACCAAGAAGGAGUUCAUUGCGCAGAUCAGCCACCAGAGGGAGCCACCUUUAAAGGUACCUUCUACUGCAAAGCACACAAGACCCAUCUGCAGACCGCAUGUGUGCGUGUGUCUAUAUGUAUGUGUCUAUAUGCAUAUACAUAUAUGUGACAAAAUCCAUAUUUAAAGAAUAAGGAACUAUUUAUUGGCAUGAUAUUUCUAUUCUUCUCACCAGGCAUUUCCCUUUUGAAGUUUUAUUUUUGAAUGUAGCAAGGUUCUUUUCAGGGAACAGGACUACAAAAACAUCCUCUUGGUACUGUACUUCCCUCCCAAGCCCCUGACCUGAGGAUCUCCAUACCUGACCCUGCCGAGAUUCCAGAAGAAGCAGUCUGGGGAGUGUUGUGUAAAGCCUUGCACUUAGAACCUUUGCGCUUUGAGACCUCUACCUGUAGAGGAGAAGGACUUUUCAAUGGCAUUUUUAUUUAAAAGGAAAAUACCAAAGUAUUGAUGACAGUGGUCCCCUCCAGUGUGCAGCAAGGCAAGUUUUGAUUUUGGCUUCCUUCCACUUCAUUUCCAACACCUUCAUUUUUGGCUGGCAGCUUUCUGUUUUCAUACUCCAACUUUAAAAACAUGACGAACCCUAGGAAGAGCUGUGAUGGAGCAGAGACAGAUGCUAGGAAAGGGCAGUCCAGGUUUAUUCCUCUAGACUUGUACUGUGUGCUUUGGCAAAUGACAGCAAGUACUCACUGGAUCUCCUCAUUGUCUGCGAGGGCAUGGGUGUGUCACCCACCAAAGCAUGCUUCCAGCCCAGGUCUUCUUGCCCACAGGACAAAUCCAACCCAGAAGGCAUAACUAUAGAAACAGAACAUUGCCAUUGUUCUUUCCUGGCUGUUGCCUCUUCUGGGCCUGUGAGGACUGAGCAUGGGGUCAGUCAGCAGGCCUUGGGUCCACCUAGACAGGUAAGACUAGAAAAGCCAGGUCUGGGAAUCCUGAGAUAUUUUCUUCCAGGAACCUGUCCCAGCAGUGUGGGCACCCAUUGUGCCAAGCCUGCUUUCCUAGAAAGAGUGAUAGCCUGAGAGAAGGCAGAGGAAAGAGGUCUAAUGUCUCCUGCCCCUCCAGGGAAGCCCAGGCUGAUGACUCUCUUCCUAGUGAAAAGCUGACUCUCCCCUAUGCUCCUAGGUCCUGAAUCUGGGCACCCACUGUAACAGAGGUGAAACAGGUAGCAUCCUGCCCUUGAGGUUUCUUCGCCUUCUGAACUUAUGGAUGUCACACUUUUCAGGAAGAUGUCUAGAAUAGCACACUACUCUUAAAUAUGCCUGUCACUUGAGCUCAAGGUUUGUCUGCCAGGAGACAGGUGUGAAUUAAGAGAUAGACAGGAGCUGUGUUUGUCCCACUCCCCCCCCCCACACACACACACACAGACACACCACUAAAAGUUUGUCUCAGCUUUUUGGCAUCCACAGAAAGUCAAAUGGAAACUUGCUAUGUUCCCACUGGUCACACCAAUGCCAUGUCACCCCUGAGCAGGAGUAGUCACAUCUCGGGAAAAAGAAUUUUGGUUACCAGAAAACUCCACUUUAAAAUGCCAGCUACAGAUCACAUAAAGCCAUCCCUUUUCUCUAAAGGGCAUAUUGAGAAUGUUUCCCAUUUGUAAAUUGUUCCCUGAUGUCCUUGUUUAAACCACCACAGCAAAAGGGCAACUUGGUUUGCUGAGGGUCUCUGUGUUCUUCAAUAAGUAAUCAAAAUGUGGAGUAUUGGGACUGAAGCAGGUCAGCUGUGUCCAGCUAUGCUCAUGGGCUUCUUGUCAUCCUCUGUUGUAGACAUACACAUAGAGCAAAUGGCCACUAUGUAUUAAAAAGCCAACCCUUGAUGAUGCUGUGUAAAGUUGCCUGAUGUCAGUGUCAAUUGUGUGAUAUCCAGGCUGCCUUUAUGCUGAGCUAUGGGGUUCAGAAAAGGCCCUGGGAACCCGCAUCAUCUGUUCUGAUUCUUGUACAGUCUUCAGGCCGAGAGACCUGUCUCAUCGGAAGCUUCUCUUUAUAAAGCAUUAUACUAUA